AUGGCCGUUGCACGCUCCAUGCGCCGCACGAGCCCAAUCGGCCUCGUGCUAGCAGCGCUGCUAGCAUUUGGCUUCAUAUGCUUCAUGCUCUCGCCCUCAACUCCCUCCGCAACCUCCGCAUCCGCCAGCUCCCAACAGCGCCAGGAAAACGCCGCCGAACACCCCCUCUCCCCGCCGACCAAACCCUUCUUCAAAUCUCAAGCCGUCCGCAGCGAUGGCUUCAAGGCCGCCCCGCCGGUCGUGCACUACGACCUCAACAGCCUAACCAGCACCGCGGACUCCAUCGCCAACGGCGAGCGGAUCCUCAUCCUCACCCCGCUAGCCCGCUUCUACCAAGGCUACUGGGACAACCUCGAGAAGCUGAGCUACCCGCACGAGCUGAUCUCGCUGGGCUUCAUCGCGCCGAAGACAAGCGACGGCAACGCCGCAGUCGCGGCUCUGGAAAAAGCAAUUGCCAAGACGCAGUCGGGGCCAAUCGACAACCGCUUCGCAAGCAUCAGCAUCCUGCGCCAAGACUUCGACCCGCCGUUGAAAUCCCAGGACGAGAAGGCCCGCCAUGCAAUGGCCGCGCAGAAGGAGCGCCGCGAGUCCAUGAGUCGCGCGAGGAACAGUCUCGUCUUCACGACGCUCGGCCCUGCGACCUCGUGGGUGCUUUGGUUAGACAGUGACGUCGUCGAGACGCCUAAUACCCUCAUUCAGGAUCUGACGGCGUUCAAUCAGCCCGUUAUCGUGCCGAAUUGCUUCCAGCGCUACUACGAUUCCACGAAGAAGAGUUGGGAUGUCAGGCCUUAUGACUUCAAUUCUUGGGUUGAUAGCCAGAUUGCGCAGAACCUCGCUGCGAAUAUGGGGCCCGAUGAGAUCCUCUUGGAGGGCUACGCGGAGAUGCCGACGUAUCGUACCCUGAUGGCGUACUUGCCAGAUAUGAAAAAUCUGGAUCCGAAGAGGAUGCUUGCUCUUGACGGUGUGGGCGGUACGGCCCUGAUGGUCAAGGCUGACGUGCAUCGUGACGGGGCCAUGUUCCCUGCCUUCCCGUUCUUCCAUCUUGUAGAGACGGAGGGCUUCGCGAAGAUGGCUCGAAGACUGGGAUAUGAGGUCAUUGGACUCCCGGAUUACUUCGUCUACCAUUAUAACGAGUAA